GGAAAGAACAAUUGCUGUUAGAUCAAAUCAGAUUGCUCAAAUCGAAAUUGUCACUCUCAAUCGAAUCUUAUACUAAUUCAGUAUGAUCCCCCACCACCGCAAACAUAUUCCCCACCUCUAGUCGCGAGAAUAAGAAGAGACAGAAGGGGGGGUUUUUAUCCUCAAAGAUUUGGGCUUUUCACGGGAGCUUGAUUUUGAUUCUCCUCUUCUCAUACAACCCAUCAGCUUUCUUUUCCACCAACCAACAUAGCUGCAUGAUAUGCUAGAAGACUAGAAAAGGCUAUCUCUCUGUUCUCUAUGGUCGACAUAAUCCUCCACUCAGAGUAGAUAGCCAGAGGCCCAGAGUGUUCAUUUUCUUCUUCUUCUUCUUGGGUCUCAUUAUACAUUCCCCAAUCUUUCCUUUGUCCUCUGCUUCCAUAGACCAAUCAAUCAAUGUACAUUACCCAUAUCCAAAACAAAAACACCAUGCAAAUCCUUGCACGUUCUCGGCUCCACGCCCUCUCCAUUUCGCUCCUCUGCAUUUCCCUUCUCAUCAUUCCCUCGUCGGCCAACAAUCCCACCCCCGCUCGCCGGCCGCCGCGCCAGCUCUCUGUCAAUUACUACGCCAAGUCGUGUCCAAACCUUGACCAGCUCGUCGCCUCCGUCACUUCACAGCAGUUCAAGGAGUCCCCUGUCUCCGGCCCCGCCACCAUCCGCCUCUUCUUCCAUGACUGCUUCGUCGAGAUUGUAAUCCAGGGCUGCGAUGCUUCGAUACUGAUAUCGACGAAGCCCGGAAGCAGAGAAUUGGCAGAGAAGGAAGCAGAGGACAACAAGGACUUGAGAACAGAGGGAUUCGACACCGUUCACAAGGCCAAGGCCCUCGUCGAAAGCAAAUGCCCCGGCGCCGUCUCUUGCUCCGACAUUCUUGCCAUUGCCGCCAGAGACUUCGUCCAUUUAGCAGGUGGGCCGUACUACCAAGUGAAGAAGGGAAGAUGGGACGGGAAAUUUUCGAAAUCAACAACAGUGGCAAACAACAUCCCACGCGCGAAUUCCACCGUCGACGAGCUUCUCAACCUCUUCGCCUCCAAAGGGCUGUCGCUGCAAGACAUGGUGGUCCUCUCGGGUGCGCACACAAUUGGGUUCGCCCACUGCAAGCAAUUCGUCGGCCGGCUGUAUAACUACAGGGGGACGAAGAGACCUGACCCGGAAAUGGACCCGAGGCUGCUGAAGGCGCUGCGGAUGUCGUGCCCGCAAUUCGGCGGCGGAGCUGGCGUGGUGGCGCCGUUCGACGUUACGACGCCGUUUUUGUUCGACCAUGCUUAUUACGGGAACCUGGAAGGGAAAUUGGGGUUGCUGGCUUCGGACCAGGGUUUGGCUCUUGACCCGCGGACCGGACCGGUGGUUCGGUUGCUGGGGAAGGAUAAGGAGAGGUUCUUUGAGUGGUUCGCUGUGGCAAUGGAGAAGAUGGGUUCGGUUGGGGUCAAGAGAGGGAGGAGACAUGGGGAGCGGAGGAGAGAUUGCACCGUACACGUGUCUUGAAUUUUUUACCUUUUUUUUUUUUUUUUGUGGAGGGUUAAUUUUGAAAGAGAGUAGAUGGGCUUUGUUGUAGAGAUGUGGGCAGUUCGGGGCCCAACUUCCUAUAAUAUUAUUGGGCUCCCGUGUAUAGCAAAUUACUGCUUCGCCGAGCCCAAUAUUAAAUUUCUUCUCCAUGGCUCAUUUCCGGCCCGCUGCAAUCCAGUUUCCGCAAGGAAAAAGGAAAGAAGAACAAAACAAAACAAGGAUUCUGUUUUUUUUUCCUUUUGUCGCCUGAGGGACGGAUGGUUUUAACUUCUUAUAAAUACACACCUCUAUGCCGUAGC